GCACCAUGGAGUUUGACCUGACGGCAGCCCUGGAGUCCACUUCCAAGAAGCCCCCGGGGGCGGGCCCGGUGGGAGGCCCCAAGCACAGGCCCCCCAAAGUUCAGGGCUGCCCAGAGGCAGGGGCACCUCAGAAUCCGAGGCAUGGCCACAGCAGCUCCUCAGAUUCCAGUAGCAGCAGCUCCAGCGACUCAGACAAGGAGGUGAAGCCCCAUGGUGCUGUCUCCAAGCAGCAUGACACCUCCCCGGCCAAGGCCAAGAAGCCCAAGGUGAAGAAGAAGGAAGGCAAGGACAAGAAGGACACUCGCCACUGAGGGGUCCUGGGAGGGGCUCAUUAAACCUUCCUCUCUGCCUCCU